AUGGCGUAUAGAUUGCUCAAUUCCUUGUAUGGACUCAAGCAAUCAUCUAGGCGGUGGAACAUUAAGUUAAUUGAAGCCUUGAUUGGUGCAUGUUUCACUCAAUGUAAUCAUGACUACUCUUUGUUCACCAUGAGAAAGGGUGAGGAUGUGGUGAUUAUUUUUGUAUAUGUAGAUGAUCUACUUAUAACAAGAAGUAGAAAUGAACUUGUGAGUGUCGCUAAAAGCAUACUGCAUGACAAGUUCAAAAUAAAAUACCUAGGGGAGCUUAAGUACUUCCUGAGCAUAGAAGUCCUAAGAUCACAACAAUGCAUUUUAUUGAAUCAAAGGAAAUAUGUACUUGAGUUGAUUUCAGUAAUGAGACUCGGUGGAGCAAAGCCUUCUGCCACACCACUGGAGACAAACUACAACUUGACUACUAUGGAAUAUGAUAAGGUAGUGGGAACAACAAAAGACUUGCCUUUGCAGGAUGUUUGUGCUAAUCAGAGAUUGUUAGGGAAGCUGCUAUAUAUGACUAUCACCAGACCUAAUACUAGCUACACAGUGCAGACACUAAGUCAAUUCAUGCAAAUGCCUAUACAAUUACAUUGGGAAGCUGCAAUCAGAGUGGUUAAGUAUCUUAAGAAUGCACCUGGUCUAGGUGUGUUUAUGAAGGCAGAACCAACACAACAUCUUACUUGUUGGUGUAAUUCUGACUAG